AUAAACUAUUUGUACAUUCAAUAACAUAAAUAAGGAAAAGGCAGUUGUUUAGUCAUAGUCGAUCCAGCAGUAAACAUGGAUACUAAACUGGUCUUUGUUUUUGUUGUCUUGGCGGUUGCUUUAGUGGCCGCAUCGCCGGUCGAAGAGGAGCCGUUUGAUUGUCCCGCCAACGAGCAGUACUACAAGUGCAAUCUAGAAGUAUGCUACAAGAACUGCCGUGACCUGAAGAUGCCGCCACCUUGUCCAGCCAUCGCGGCUGGCUGCUACCACCCCGGCUGCGAGUGCGUGGCUGGAUAUCUCCGGAACAGCGCUGGCGUGUGUGUACCCACGGAUGAAUGCAGCUAACUUCCCGCACACCAUCCCUUGCCUAUCGAAUCGACAAUACCGGCAUUUAUUAAAAUUUUAAAAUGGGAACAAUAAGGAAUAAAGCUGUCAAAAUGUA